CCAGGAAGCAGGCAUGGUGGCGGCCUGACCAAGCACUUUAUGGGCCUGUAGUUUGAAGAGGAAACGUGGGCAGUAUCGGUGCAUUAUAGACUGCAUGUAUUGGUUUGAUGGCAACAUGGGUUGCGCUGUUUUUCUUAUUUUUAUGAAUAAAACAUGUUUUUAAUUCGUCAAAAGUUAAUCGGAGCGCAGGCAUGUCUUUUUGUUUAACUUCCUGUGAUGUGUCCACGGUGAUACUAAGCAGGAAACACUAUCCCAUAGGUUGUGCAAUAGUCUGGUUGGGAGUGACUUUCCUCUAUUGAAAAGUUUGCUUGGCAUGUGACUUGAAUUGGAUUGAUUAAAGAAACAUAAGACACCAUGGGAAAUUUGUUUACAGCUCUCAAGAAUCUGUUUGGAAAAAGGGAGAUGCGCAUCCUUAUGGUGGGACUGGAUGCUGCGGGGAAAACCACAAUACUGUAUAAAUUUAAACUUGGAGAAGUGGUGACAACUAUCCCUACCAUUGGUUUCAAUGUGGAGACAGUUGAAUACAAGAAUGUGAGCUUCACUGUCUGGGAUGUGGGAGGUCAAGAUAAAAUUAGACCCCUCUGGCGUCAUUAUUUCCAGAAUACGCAAGGCUUAAUAUUCGUGGUUGACAGCAAUGACAGAGAGCGCAUCAACGAGGCAAGGGAGGAAUUGAAUCGAAUGCUUAAUGAAGAGGAGCUGAGAGAUGCAGUGCUAUUGGUCUUGGCAAAUAAGCAGGAUUUACCCAAUGCCAUGAAUGCUGCAGAAAUCACAGAUAAAUUGGGAUUACACCAGAUAUGCCAAAGAACAUGGUAUAUUCAGGCAACAUGUGCUACCAGCGGUGAUGGCAUUUAUGAGGGUCUUGAGUGGCUAACCAAUCAAUUCGGACAACACAAGUGAUCCAUUCCACUUCUCCAAGUCUCUGCAUGACCAGCCGCGUGUGUGUGAUUGUGUGAGAGAGUUUGAGUGGGAGCAGUUUCCUCACCACGUGCCUUUUUAUAAUACAGAUGGGUUUGGGACACUACUUGUAAGAACGGGUAUUGUGGGCAUUGAUGAAAGUAUUUUACUAAUAAAUGAAUGGCUCUAUUUUUGAAAUAGUUGCCAAAUAACACUUGCAGACCUAAAAUAAAUUUACAAUUUGUAAUUGCUAGCUAACCAAAAAUUAGGAAUACGAAUACUAUUUAUGGCCCCUUUUCUAAAUUAGAGGGGGGGGGGGGGGGGGGGUAGAGAAUGUGCCUGAUCACUAGCAGACCUUGUCAAUAUUGAACAGUCUUGCAGACCUUGGUUUGCAAUUUAGCCCAAGUCUGAGUGAUGCAGUUUGAGUUUAAAUUGUGCAUGUAUACACCAAUCAAUUUGGCAAUUUAGCAAAUACAUCUUGGAAGGAAAUUUCCUUGAGUUCUGGCUAGUGUUUUAUGGCUUUGCAAAUGAUCCAUCAAAAUUGACCAUGUUGACCAAAAUUGACUUCUACUAGUGCAAUUUUAUGGAUUUUUAGUACCUUGUAUCUGGUAAUUUAACGUUUAGAAGUCACUGAGGUAGCUGCUCCCAUUCCUUGUUUUGUAAAGAUAUUGAAUGACACUUGUAUGUAUUUGAUAUGAGGCGGGCAAAGGAUGAAAUGCAUAUAAUAAAUAUAACCCUUUUUGUUUGGAUAUGCCAAGACAAGCCCCAGCAACACCAACACUCCUUCAAAAUAAUACUCAGCGUCAGCGUCGUGACACUACAGACACAAGUGGAAUUUGAAAUUAUGCACCUAUUUUCCAGAAAGCUUCCCCACGUAUGAACAUUUUCCAAAAAGUAAAUUGAAAACUUUUUCAGUAUAUUUCAGAUAAUUUAGAGGUUUAGUGGAAUAUUUAUCCUGUACAGAUCAGUAGCAUGCACUUCAAAUUGACUUGUUCAUUGUAAUGUUAAUGACCAGUUGAAUACUGAUCUAUAUUCAGAGACAACAAUAUACUUUAUGCUUAUAGGCAUGUUUUUUAAACUGUAAACAGCAAUCUUGUAAAUUAUAACAAUAUGAAAGGAAAUGAGUCUGGAGAAUUAUUGGUUUCAAUCUACAAUUAAAUUAAAUAUGUAAUUUAAAUUUGCUUGGACAUUAUGCUCAAACCUAAUAGUGGAAAUAUGAAGCUUAGUUGUGGAAUAAGGUUUCUGUCGCAAAAUAUCAAGAGGUGGGGAAACGUAAUUUUGAAUCGGCUUAUUUUUAACCAUAUCUGUAAACUUGUCUUGGGAUGCAUUAUAUGUUAAAGAUAUCUUUAUGAGAAUAAAUGUUUGCGUUACAUACCAGUAUGUUUGGAUGCCAGUGUGUGACCAAAUUGCAGACAUUCGUGGAUGUGUUUGAGGAAGGUGUGGAGAAGGGAACUUGUUGCAAAUAUUUCUGCUGCCAAUAAAGGCUUGUUCCCCUUCCUAACCUCUGCGUAUUGAUUGAUUCCAAGAUCGUUUAUUUGUCAUUUAAAUUACAGUACAGGAUUUGGUAUUGGUAUCAAAACUGGUUUUAAGAAGCAUUAAUUCUGAAGAAGAGUCUAGACCUGAAACGUCACCCAUUCCUUCUCUCCAGAGAUGCUGCCUGUCCCGCUGAGUUACUCCAGCACUUUGUGUCUACCUUUAAUUCUGAAUCCCUUAACUAAGGUUUCAAAGUCUCCUGCAUUUUAGUUUGGCCUCAGUUUGAUCUUAACAUAUUGCAAUCUUAUUUGAAGGUCAUAGGGGAGAAAAUAAGAGUGAAAUUGUACAUAUAUCCACCGGUGCUGAGAAAUGGUCACAUAUGUUCUUGGUGCCAAGUAUUUGCAGUGUGCAUUUUCAGAGCCUCCUUGCCAAGCUAGGUGUAGAAUCAUUCUCAUUCCCCAUUCCUAUGCUUAUAAAUAAGCUUUCCCCACACUAGAUUGUAAAUCCACAGAAAAGGUACUUGCCCAUACUGAGAUUUCUGAUUCAUUAGAAAUUUUAAAAUGCCUUAUUUCUUUAAAGUAAAUAUUGGUUCAAAGAAAAGAGCAAAACUUUCUCAAAUGUGUAGUGCAGAGAAUCCUAAAGUAAAACAAGUUCAGCCUUAAAUAGCUGAACAUCGAUUUGGUAAAAAUGACUUAAAGUCCAAAUGUGGUGAUGGCAUCAGUGGAGCGAGAAGGAUGAAAAGACAGCAAUAGAUUGCAUUAGCAAUUGAUGAGAAAAUUGUAGGAGCUUUUCAGAUUUGUAUAUCUAUUAAUCUCAUGAGGAAUUCAAAUAUCUAGAUUAGUUUUAGCCAAGAUACUGCUGCAGUCCCAGUUGAACAAGCUGGUCAUCUGAUAGAAAACUAAUUGGGGAAUGGGAAUAGUUCUGUCCUCAAGAAUUGCUUUUGCAAGAAUAAUCAGAAUAGUUCUGAUUGGUCAUAGAAACAGCCUUGUCUCCUACUGAUUCUAGAUUACUUGCUGAGAUUUUCCUGCAUUUGAGCAAAAAGCAAAUUGCUGGAGAAACUUGCUCUUCUCUACACAGAGCGCCCCACCCCCACUCGCAUGCCACCUGUAUAAAAUGGCAGUACUGCUGUAUAUAGUCUAGACUUCAAUGUUUUUUUGCUUGAUGUUCCAGCAUCUGUAGUCUCAUAACUCUUUUUCCAUCAUUUUUGGUUUUGAUCAAAAUAGCCAGUGAUGGUAGUUUGGAUAGAAACCAAUGGUACAGUGGCAACUUUAAAGAAUCAUUUUCAUCAAUGGAAAUUGUAAACUAUGAAGGUCAUCUUUUCCUUUUAUAAAUACAAUACUUUAAAUGCUUGUUCCUAAACAGUGAUUCUAGUGUGGAAUGAUGCAGCAUUCCAAAAUUUGUCAGUCAUGCAGUACAUGAGGGCCACACAGCCUGCUGAAUCUUCAUUGAUCAAGUACCCAUUAAAACCAGUCUUUAUUUUUCCCCACAUUCACCAACUUUUAUCUCUUGAUUCCGAUUUAGGAAUGGUCAAUAAUUGAGCAGUCCUGUUCAAUUUUGACAAUAGAUGAUAGGUGCAGGAGUAGGCCAUUCGGCCCUUCGAGCCAGCACCGCCAUUCAAUGUGAUCAUGGCUGAUCAUCCCCAAUCAGUACCCCGUUCCUGCCUUCUCCCCAUAUCCCCUGACUCCACUACCUUUAAGAGCCCUAUCUAGCUCUCUUGAAGGUAUCCAGAUAACCGGCCUCCACAGCCUUCUGAGGCAGAGAAUUCCACAGACUCACAAUUCUGAGGAAAAAUUGUAUCCUCGUCUCCGUUCUAUGUGUCCAUUUGUCUUUAGCACUUAAUAUUUCCAACUCAAGUUCUCUUCUCUUGCAUUUUAUGUAGCUUAUAUACCUUGAAUUAUGGAUCUAGAAUAUUAUACUUUGAUGUAUUUUAUUGUACAGAUGCUAUGGCAAAUUGUAAAUGUUUAAAUCCUGCACUAAGCAAAAUUAAGUUAAAGGUCAGCUUGGAAUGGGAUUGGAAGUAAAGUUAUUGGCAACUGCAGGAGCAACUGAAAGCAAAUGCAGUUGCAAGCCCUUAACAGCUAUUCCUUUAGUGUGAAGUUCUGUAGUUCUUUGGAGGUGCUGUCCAAAAUGGAAAUCAGUGACACAGUAAAAAUAAUGCAAGAAAAGAAAACUGCGUACAACUCUACUAAAUUCUUUGAUCUACGCAAGUUUAUCUGGAAUGUAAGACAGCUCCACCCCAAGAAUUACAAACCAGAAAGAUUCUUUAAACAUGAAUUAUGUUCUUUGAAACUUCUAUUUCACUAUUCACUUUCAAAUAUACAGGUAGUAUUAGCUCAUAUUUACAUUUACUGAAUUUGUGGUAGGGUUCUGAAUUGUAUAUCAAAUCAAUUAGUACAUUUUAAUUAAAAUUAUGUAAAGGAAA